AGCUGCUGGGAUUUCCAAUAAUUCAGAGUGAUCAGUUGCGAGAUCUACGAAAAUGUCGUCUAUCUCCAUUGCAAGCCUACCGCGCAUGAGCCGCGACGCUCUAUCCGAGAUCCUUCUCUCCGGCGCUCCGUCCAACAAGCUAGCCAUUAUCGACGUCCGGGACUCAGACCACAUCGGCGGGCACAUCAAGUCUUCAACUUGGGUCCCCACCCCCAACCUAGACGUUCGCUUGCCAGAGCUUCUCCGCACCCUCAAGGACGUGGAGAAGGUUGUCUUCCACUGCGCCCUCAGCCAGCAGCGGGGUCCAUCCGCGGCUCUGCGUUACGCUCGCGAGCGAGAGCGUACUCUCGGCGAGGAAGAGAGCAAGAAGCAAGAAGUAUAUGUUUUGGAGGGCGGUUUCGUGCAGUGGCAGGAGAAAUACGGCAAUGAUGAGCGGUUGACUGAGGCCUAUGUUGCGGAUAUUUGGCGCGAUUAUUGAUCUUUGGAUCAUUGAUAUGAUUGAAUGUUGAUGAAAGCGGGGCAGAGAGUUGCCUGGCUAUGCAUGCUUGCAUCGUUUAUGAGAUAUGAAUGGACUUGACAGAUACCAUAUAGAUAUGACAUUGAAUGAAUAUGGACUUUGACCUUGAAAUGCCUGUUACAUUCUUCUCCAUCUUUCC